AUCGAUUUUAGUUCUCUCUCCGUCGUUACGCCCUCUCUUCCUCUCGAUUGAGUGAACCCUAAUUUUCCCCAAACCGCAGACAGAGACGACCAUGAACCUCCCCUCCUCCACGGCGACAUCAACUUCGGAGUCGCCUGAUACGGCCUCGGGGGCGAUUUCCCCGGAGAUGUGCGGCGCUUGCAAAAGCCAAGACUCCUGGGUCAUACACUCGGCGCGUCUCCGCGGCGUCCUCCGCUUCUACUGCACGCACUGCCUCCUCCGCAACCACCCGGCGUCGUUUUGCCCCACCUGCUUCGCCUUCUACGACUCCUCCCCGCCGCACCAGUCUCGCCGCGUCUCCUGCUCCGACUGCAGCUCCGUCACUCACAUCCACUGCGCGGGAGACGCCAAGUCCCCUCCUUACCGCUGUCCUCCUUGCCGUGACCCCGACGGCUUCUCCUUCUUCCGCCCCAUCGUCGACGAAAACGGCGCUCGAUGCAUGGAUAAGGCCCUCUCGGAGGCCUUCUUGUGCGCCGCGAAGAUCGCGGCCUCGUCGAUGAGCAAGGCCGUUACUUUCUACAGAAGCGAGGCUGAGCGGAAAGGGAAAGAUGCCGCCGUGGCGAAGAAGAGAGCGCGGGAGGCUCUCGAGGACGUGCUCAAGCUCGACGAGAAGGCUAAGUUGGCCGUUUCGAAGCCCUCUGUGGAUCAUCUCUCUGGGAAUAGAGAUCAGAAGCCGAAACAGAGUCCUGCAUCGAAUGGUGGUUUGAAACAGAUUGAGAGCUCUGCCACCGCCCAAGUCAAGAAACAGAGUCCGUCUGUAGUGCAAGUUAAGCAAGAGAAGUGAUGCUUUUCAAUGGUAUCAAAGUAUCUUUUGUCUUGUUAGUGAAAAAAGGUUCAAGCUUGGCAUAUUUAUGAUUCUGAGUUUUAGUGUAGAUUUGUGUAAGUGGUUUUUUCCAGUUUCUUUUUGGGUUCGUUUGCUAUGUGUAGGAGUAUUUGGAACGGUGUUAAGUGUUAGAUUUCUAAUUUUAAUUGCUUCA